GGUCAACACCCGCAGCAGCCGCCUCCAGCCCUACCUCCUGCUUUUCACAUGAUCACAUCGCACACAGACGGAGAGGAAUGUAGACAGGAGCGACAACAGCGAUGGCCGAGCGCACUCACAGUUGCAACACGAUGCGUUUGCUGGGCACCGUGGCCCUCCUGGUGGCAUUUCUCCAGCGCUGCGACGGGAUCCCCUGGACUCAGGAGAAGCUGACACACAGAGCUGGCACGCUAACGCAGAAUGAGAUCGAAAGCGCCCUGUCUCACACAGACGUGGAGCAGAUGUGGCAGAGGGACCUGAGGCCGCUGCUGGUUACCAGGUACCCAGGUUCUGCUGGGAAUCAGGCUGUGCAGGAGCAUAUCAAAACAACCCUCAGUUCCCUGGGCGCAGGCUGGGAGGUCACGGAGGACAGGUUCAUGUCGCAGACGCCCUACGGCUACCUGCCCUUCACCAACCUCAUCGCCACCCUCAACCCGUCGGCCAGGCGGCGUCUGGUGGUGGCUUGUCACUACGACUCCAAGUACUACCCGCCGCAGUGGCACGAGGGCGAGUUCCUGGGCGCCACCGAUUCCGCUGUGCCCUGCGCCAUGUUGCUGGAGCUGGCACGAGCCCAGGACGAACUUCUGAAAGCUCAGAAGACUUCCAGUCCUGACCUGACCCUGCAGCUGAUCUUCUUCGAUGGAGAGGAGGCCCUUUUGCAGUGGAGCUCCUCGGACUCCCUGUACGGCUCUCGCCACCUGGCCCAGAAGAUGCAGAGCAUGGCACAUCCGGCUGGAGCCACAGACACCAACCAGCUGCACGGCAUAGAUCUCCUGAUGCUGUUGGACCUCAUCGGAGCGCAGAGCCCCCGCUUUGGCAACCAGUUCCCCAACACUGCGCCCUGGCUCUCCAGACUGCAAAACAUUGAAAAGCGUCUGCAUUCCAUGAACCUGCUUGCUGAUCAUCCAGACAGUGUGGAAUAUUUCUGGCCUGAUCGACCCGUCGGCCGAAUAGAAGAUGAUCAUAUCCCAUUUCUAAACAGAGGGGUUCGCGUCCUCCACCUCAUCCCGUCGCCCUUCCCGUCCGUGUGGCACACGUUCGACGACAACGAGCAGAACCUGGAUCGCUCCACCAUCCAGAACCUUAACAAGAUCAUACAGGUGUUUGUUCUAGAGUACCUACAUGCCAAGCCUGUCCUCCCAUCAACCCCACCGAAUGUGAUUUAAGAGUGUAUUACUGUAAUUAGGUUCACAAAUGCAUAAUGUAUUUUACAUUAAUGAUGUUUGUAGAGACUCUUACAUUGUCUUAUGUUAAAUUAUUGUCCUUCCUAUUGCUUUGUUAGUUUUUAUAUGGAGGCGUUAGGACUCAGUAGCUUCUUUUUCCUCUAUAUCUGCCUCAGCAACAACACUGCACACAGGAUCCACUGUGUUUUUGAUCACACUGCUCCCUUUAUGAGAGCCUCAGCCCCUCGGUUACACCGUGAGGCAUCCAGUGCCAGUGUGUCACACCUGCACUAGCUUCAAAAAGGGGAGAAAAUUAUAAAUUAAACAAUAUAUAAUAAGUGCUACGUUGCACAAUAUUUUACAAAUGGGGCCCCUACAAAAAAUGGUUCCGACACAAGGUUAUAUCUGGCAACAUGAGGCAGAUUCCUCCUCUGCUACCGUAAAUCUGUUCAGCGUUUCGAGAAAAAACCUCUAAGUGUCAGGAAGUGAAAUUAUUUUUGCUUUCACACUUUUUUUUCUCCCGUCUUCGAUGGGGAAGUAGAUAACAUCCUGUGCUGCUGUUUGACAUCUCCCCAUCAGUUUAUUUGCAGUACUAGCAGAUUUUAGUGACGCUAUCGAAAUAAUAUACAAUGUGAAAAUUGGACUUCCUGUAUUUUGAGUGUGUAUUAAAUGUUGAUUCUGAAUGUAAUGAGGAGCAAGAAGAGUUUGCUUGUCUUUACAAGACUUCUGUUAAUAUAGUGGCUUGGUUUGGUUUUUUUAGUAUUAUGGGUUGAUCCUGCCCUGAUGCUCGGUCAUUACGGUAAAGAAAGCUCACAAACACUCGCUUCAUUCUCUGCCUCACCUCCACAACAAUCCCCCUGAUUCACUUAAUCCUAUCACGGAGGACCUCCCCUGAAUUCCACAACACCCAAAUCCCCCCUCAAUCCCGCCCACUCCCAUGAGAACUGAACCCUGCUCCCACUCCCCCAUUCGUGCUGCUAGAAAUGUUUACAAUGCUUGGCAACAAUGUGCAAUUUUACUGUAUGUGCUACAGAAGUAAGUCAAUCAGCUGAUGCUGCAGCACGCUUGGAAACACAUGCUGCCAUUUACUUAUAACCAGCAGUAAAACCUCAGCGAUCUGCGUCAGGGAGGUCUAAUUUAUUCAUCUUCACUAUGCAUUGAUCCUCACUCUGUUUUUUCUGUUUUUGCUGAAGUCUUAUGUUAAGCACAACAGAUCAUAGAACAUUCCUGCCAGUCAUCUCUGGAACAGACACCGAAUGAAGUAUCACUUUGUCUAAUUCUAGUUAUUAACAAGAUGUAUUUAAUGAACUUUAAUCUAAAAUAAGGACAGCUUUACAAAAUAUACGACAGACCAACCGGCAGGUACGAACAAGAAGCAUGAAAAGCAGAACAAAUUGUUGUAUAGUAUAUUGUUGCUUCAAGCAUUUCUUUGUUUUUGCCUGAGAGCAAAGUGAUGCAUGCCCAGGUUUGAGAACAGCUAUACUUUAAUCUGCAGUUGAUUACAGUGCAGAUCAUACAAUAGGCUCCAGCUGGAUAGAAGUGCUGUAAUGGGAACAGUUGGGACUCUCCAAGGUGUGUUUCAGAUAUCUGAGCUUGCCUUUUGAUUUGAAAGCUUAAUCCAUUAAACUGCUUGCAAAGUUUGAGGCUGUCCUAAUUAUGACUUCCAAUACAGUAAAUUACCCUUCAGUAUUUACUGACUGAAUCCUGAAUUUGUUUCAUUGCAUAACCAUUUAAAACACAUUUGACCUGAUUUUUAUUCUCUUUUUUUUGCAUUAGCCACCUGUUGCUACACAUCUUGUAUGUAUAAUAUAUAUUUUUCUGUUACCAAAAAGAAAUACCAGUGUGCAUUGGUCAGUUCAACAAAUUUGUCAUUGUGAUACACUGCAUAUUGUUAGUAAUCAUUGUCAUUGUCCAACAGGGUUCUUUGAUAUUCAGACAUAAUUUUGAACUCUAGAGAACUGAGAACUGUCGAAAUGCAUCAAGCCAGUAGAUGGCAGUAGUCAGUCACGUAACUUUAUGUGAUUAUAAAAAACAUUAGUGAUAUUUAUCUGAAUAAAAGUCAUUUGAAAACGA